CACCAACCGUUAAACCUCACCGUACACGGGAACAGAGAGGACGAUCAGAGAGAGAGAGAGAGAGAAUUGCGUCAAUGAAGUUCACAGACUCGCCGGUAGUAGAGCUGCCCGUGCGCGGCGCCGUUCUCUCUCUGCAGCAAGACAACGGCUCCUUCCACGUCGGAACCUCGGUCUGGCCCUGCUCUCUCGUCCUCGUCAAGUUCGCCGAGCGCUGGGCCCCAUCUCCAGGCGGGCCCACCACCAACAAUCCCUACGCCCAAAUCCUCAACUUCGAAUUGAAGCGGGCCGUGGAGCUCGGUGCCGGCUGCGGGGCCGCCGGAAUGGGCCUCUACCUUCUUGGCCUGACGGACGUCAUCCUCACCGACAUAUCCCCGGUCAUGCCCGCACUGAAGCACAACCUAAAGCGCAACAAGCCCGUCCUCUCCAAAGCCCUAAAACACUCCGUACUCUACUGGAACAACUCCAACCAGAUCGCCGCCCUCAGGCCCCCGUACGACGUCGUUUUAGCCGCCGACGUCGUCUACAUCGAGGAAUCGGUGGGCCCGCUCGUCCACGCCAUGGACGCCCUCCUCGCCGACGACGGCAUCGUUUUGCUGGGAUACCAGGUCAGGUCUCCGGAGGCCCACAAGCUUUUCUGGGAGAUUUGCGAGACCGUCUUCGAGAUCGAGAAGGUUCCGCACCAGGAUUUGCAUCCCGAUUAUGCCUACGAAGAGACCGACGUCUAUGUCUUGCGGAAGAAGAAGAAGAAAAAGGAGAAUGACUAACCCCCUCCUGAGGCCAAGGCACGUUUUGGUAAGUGUUUUGGAAGUAACUUGUGCAAUAAGUUUUAAGGUUUUUGUUUGUUGUAACUGAUAUAUUGUCACAAUUAGAUGCAUUUCGGUAUUGGUUUUCCCAACCUGGGAAACUUUUUAGUUGCUUGUUUGUAAAGUUUGGGACUUUACCAUGAAUAAUCAAGAUGGUGAGAUCAUAAAGACCAAUGAUAUUGGUUGGGAUAUCA